CUGCAUGUCAAUAAGGAAGUCGUCGCGGCAUCUUCUUCGCGACAUGGCGAUCCUCAGGCGGGUCGGAGCUGGUCACCUGCCCGCUCAGGUGCUGCUGUUGUGGAUGCUGAGCCACCUGUCAGAGUCACAAGUCCUGUUGUCCGCCCCGGGUGAGAUCACCCUGGAAGAACAUUCCAGUGCCAAUGUGACCAUCACCUCCAACGUGGCGCUCCAGCAGCCGGCGGUGAUCUGGUUGAACGUGACCUUCAGCUCCAAGGUCAACUCCUCAUGGAUCAUCAGCGUGCCGGAGCAGGUGCUGAUGCCCGCCCGGACGACGGCGGUGGCGUUCACGGCGACGGCAAUCGGCGCGGGUCAGGUAACGGUGUACCUGCUGGGCAACAACACGGAGAUCCUCAGCUGGUCGUCCAGGCUGCGCUUCUCGGUGGUCCACAGCAACGUGGUCGCCGCCAUCAGCGAGGCCAUCGGCUGGAUCUACUUCCUGGCCUGGUCCGUGUCCUUCUACCCGCAGGUGUGGGAGAACUGGCGGCGGAAAAGCGUGGUGGGCCUCAACUUUGACUUCCUGGCGCUCAACCUGACCGGCUUCUUCGCGUACAGCGUCUUCAACGUCGGCCUUUUCUGGGCGGCGCCCAUCAAGGAGGAGUUUCUCCAGAAGAACCCAAACGGAAUCAACCCGGUGAAAGCCAACGACGUCUUCUUCAGCCUGCACGCCUUCCUGCUGUGUUUGCUCUACGUGGUCCAGGCCGCCAUCUAUGAGAGGGGGGGUCAGCGGCUGUCGUGGACCGCCUGCCUCCUGCUGACGGCGGCCUGGUCGUUUGCGGGCGUGAGUUUGUUUGUGACGCUGGCCAAACUCCUGAGCUGGCUGGAGUACCUCUACUACUUCUCCUACAUCAAGCUGGCCGUCACGCUGGUCAAAUACGUGCCGCAGGCCGUCAUGAACUACCGCAGGAAGAGCACGGAGGGCUGGAGCAUCGGCAACGUGCUGCUGGACUUCAGCGGCGGCCUGCUGAGUAUCUUGCAGAUGGUGGUGGACGCUUACAACAACGACGAAUGGGGUCUGAUAUUAGGAGACCCCACCAAGUUCGGCCUGGGUGUGUUCUCGGUGGUGUUUGACGUGGUCUUCAUGACGCAACACUACUGCCUGUACCGCCCGCCGCACUACCAGGAGAUCUCCUCCUGACUGGGACCAGGAAACUCUCACGUUUGUAGUGCAGUUUUGUGAUUUUCAAAAUAAAAGUUUUCUAACGCU